UCAAUGAACAAAUGACAAUCAUUUUUCGUAGUGGAUUAUUUAAUUCGAGCUCAAAUACUUAUGUUACCGGCCUAGUAUGGUAUGCACACUCUAAAGGUGCUUCACAUGCCGAAGAUUUUGUUGUGUCCUGGAGAGGUGUAUUAAAUUAUUUUGUUUUGGAUAACUGGCAAUUAUGCUAUAAUCUCUUAUUGUCUACAAAUUAUACUACUUGUGGAGCUGUACUAGCCUUCGAUCGAGUUCGUAAAGCUGGAUGGAAUACGUAUUAUGCUGGUAACAUGUGGUGGGCUAAAUGUUCACAUGUUAAUCGACUUACAAGACUUGAAGCGUUCGACCUGAAAGAUCGUCACCUCGCAGAAUUGUACGUCACAUCUGAACCUGCUGUUGGGCAUUUUAAUUGUCAUUUUAUCAAUCUAAAUAUCCUAAUUAAUUUUAAUAAACAAACUGCUAAUUGUACAAUAAAUCAACCAAUGUUUUGGGCACGAUGGUGA